GAUUUAAAAAGUCACCGUACUCUUCUAGAACAAGGAAAUGGAGCAGUGCAAAGAAGAAUAAAAUACUGAAUUGUAAACAAGGCAGCGGAAGAGAGUGGACGUGUGCAGCCAUUAUAACUGUGCAUGGGAUUUGUACAUCACGUUUAUUUUAACAACAAGAAGGAAAAAUACAAAUUGACAGCUACUUCAUUAUUUUUUUAGAGGAAUAACUUUACCAAUGGAACUGUCGGCAAUCGGCGAGCAAGUGUUCGCUGUGGAAUCAAUCAUUAAGAAAAGACUUAGAAAGGGUCAUGUGGAGUAUUUAUUAAAGUGGAAGGGCUGGCCUCCAAAGUACAGCACAUGGGAGCCAGAGGAGCACAUCCUAGACCCUCGACUGGUUGUAGCAUAUGAGGAAAAAGAACAGAAAGACAGAUCAGUGGGGUGGCGUAAAAGAGGGCCAAAACCAAAAAGACUCCUCGUGCAGAGGAACAUUUACGCAAUGGAUCUACGCAGCGCACACAAAGGUUCAGAGAAAUCUUCAGGGCAUCUGCCGCUCUCGUUGACUCGGUCUCUUGACCCAAGGUUCCAGUCCUCAGGCACUUGUAUAUAUCGACGAUUAGCCCACCACAAGAAAAAGAAGAAAACAUCCAGAGAGACUUUUGAGGAAGAAUGGGACAGAAGGUAUGAAGAAGAAGAUGAUGAUGAUGAUGAGGGGGUUAUGGAGGAGGAAGAGGAGGAGGACACAAGACCAGAAGGAACUAAAACUGGCAGCAAUACUUUAAAAAAGCAUGUCAGGAGGGGAGCCUGGAGUCCAACCACUGAAUCAGAGGCAAUGACAAUAUCUCCUUUAUCUGUGGACUGGAGUCCAGUUAUGGGCCCAGAGGAGGUAACUGUGACAGAUAUCACCAUCAACUCACUGACUGUGACUUUUAGAGAGGCUUUGGUAGCAAGGGGGUUCUUCAGGAGCUGGGAGCUGGAGAUCUGACAUUACAGAGACUGAGGAUGGUGUGAGCCAUCAGAAGGAGAAAGGGAAUCGGUACAUCCAUUUGUUUUUUUUUUUUUUUUUUUUUUGCUUUGAUGAUGCGCUUGCACAACUUCCACCACUGUUUCAGACUACAUUUAUUUGCACUAUUAGUUCUAAUCAAGUUAAAACAUUUCAGGAUGGUGAUUGCAAUCAAUCACAGUGACAAUGAUUAAGUACAAUCCUGAUAGUAUUAUGAGAUUUUGAGGCCAUGAAACAAAUCUGAUUUUGUCAUGUUUUGUAGUUUACAGAUAAGCUUGAUUUAGUCUGGUCAAGUACUAAGAUUAAAUGAUAAUGCUGGUACAGAGUUAUUUGCACAACUAAAUAUUCUGAAUAGCCAGUCUAUCACAAAUAUCCAUACAUAUACGUGAUAUACUUGGUCAACAAAUAUAUUAUUCUAAUCUUGACCUAAAAUUGCACACCUCGUUUGCAGUAAAUAAAAAUUAGUGGUCUCCCAAUACUUAAAAUCUUUUAGACUUAAUAAACAAUAUUGUGGUGUGAAAGUUUUGUCAUUGCACAAUGUAGUUCUUUUAGUGUGUGUGUAUGAAAUAAAGUUGCAUUUUUUUUCCAACACUAUAUUGCUUGCUAAUAUCUCACAUCUAUCACAGUGUUUGUGCAAUUUUUGACACGUUCCUUGGUCCUCUUGUGUAUAUUCUUGCCAAGUAUGACUCUGCACCAUCUUGCACAGUUGUCUACAAUGUUAGAUUUAACUUGACUGCUGUUAAUCUUUGGUGUUAUUUUAGUCCAAGAUGAUAACUGAGACCUGGAGACAUUUUUCUAUAUUGAGGUGAAUGUAUAUUUAGCCUCGAUGAAUGUCCAUCUCUGGAAGCUCAACGGUUUAGUAUCUGACUUCAUGUGACCUGUAUACAUUUGAUAAACUGUCUGUGCCAAAUGUUUGUGGUUGCUUUUUGCUAUUCAGAGUAUUUGCACUUUAAAAUGGAAAACUUGGUAUUAUGAUGUCAAAAAUAAAUAAAACUUUGGUGUAACUGUA